GCUGAGAUUAUCUAUAUAUCAAUGUUGAUGAUUGAUUAACAUGGCAGUGAAAGCAAGCAAUGAGCAGGAUCUGGCGAGCGCUAGGAUCUGUCACUGCCGAAAUAUAAUUGGCUCUGUGUGACAUUGGUAGCGUUCCGCUUGUUGUUAGCGAAGAUAUGCGAUACGCUAAGGCGUCCAGUCUAAGAUUGGCUUAGCUUAGGCUUGCUGCACACUAACUACUAACUACUAACUGACUAAGACAAGAGGCUGAAUGCCGAAUUGCCUCUCCGUCUCGGAUGUCUAGAGGAGCCAUCGUAUAGUGCGCCGUGCUGUUAAGUACGCAGCAGAUUGUCGUUGCUGUCAGUCACGUCAGUCAUGCUGUCUCCUCGCUGUUAUACGACACUUCCUUAUACCUUUGUCUUCAUAUCAAUCAGGCGAUAUGUCGGCUCCAGACGAUCCAUCCAAUUCUACUUCUCAGCCGGCUGUUUCUACGGAGUUAAAUGAUCCAUCUCCGACCAACGAUAUUGCAAGCGAUACUUCCUCUCAGUCAUAUUAUUUCGAUACGACAAUCGCGGCCGAUGAAACGACCGGACAUAUAGGAGACUCAAGCACAGAGUCUGCUGGCGAUUACAAAGAAAAAUACAGGCGAUUGCGAAUACGCAUGCGCGCUCUUGAAGAGAAGUUGGAGACCCUUGCUUCGGCUGCGGAGGUGGACAGAAAGUUAAAAGAUUUGGAGAGAAAACUAGAUGUUGACAAGAAGCUGCCAACCGUUUAUGAAAAGAUGGAAACCGCUGAAAAAGAGCUGAAAACAUUUGAUAACAAGCGCAAACCAAAGGAAGACGACCGCAAUUCUGAAACGACGCCGACGGCUUACGGCCUGGAUGAGAAGCUAGGGAGAAAGCGGGUACAGCAGAAUCGCAUUCUGAACAAUAAUCGAGCGUCCAACUCAUACUCAGACAAUUUUUCGACCCUUGUGAAUAAGGCUAUGGCUCGGAAGGCCAAGCUCUCGGUCGAUACCCCAGAUGACGAGAAAAAGUCAGGCGAAGCCCAGAAGGUCAGAAGAAUCAGAAGUUAUUUGAGGACGACAAUCGACGAUGUUGGUACCACCUCCGCUGAUAUCGUCCUGUCAAAUGUUACAUAUGCCAGGAGAUCUCUCCGGAUUUCGUUAUGGGAUUUUGUUACUGGGAUUACAAAAGUGGUGUCGAUGCGCUCUGUCAUGAGUAGAGGCACGCGAAUCAAACGAAAGCGCAAACUCGAGGGACGAUCUAUGGCAUGGAGAGCGACUGAGGUUAUGCAGGAGUUUCCACCACUUACUUGGGUCCUUUUGCUUUGGCCUGUGAUUUUACCUCUAUGGAUAGUAUGUUUUGGGACGUUGACGCUGCUACAGUUUUUCAGCUGGCGCGUUGGACGGAGAGCUAUCAAAAUUCCAGACUUCAGUCUAGGCCUUGAGGAUACUGUCUUCACUACCGGGAACACAGAAGAGAACAAAUAUAAGUUUUAUGAUUUCAGGCUAAAGUUGAAGGUGGCUUUGGAGAAGAUUGAAGCAGAUGAGAAGGCAGAUGAGUUUGAGGUCCCAAGAUUUGAUGGAUUGACGCAAAAACUGUCACCCGAUACUCUAUUAUCCUACAAAUAUCUCACUCCAGCCGAGAAGAGAGCUGUUAAAGGGAUGAUAGCGACUCUAUGCAGGAUAUACCUGGAUUGCUCUCAGAUCCAUUUUCGAAAGAUCAAAGACCGUUGGGGUAUAGUUGGCAGUGUAAGGCCAAAGGAGUCUUCCUUUGCUGAGAAAAGUGGGACUAUUCCGAAAUUCCAGUUGCUCGCGCACAACGAUGCGGUUGAUGAAACGCUUACCGAAAUUUAUGAGUCUAUCAAUCGGAAAAAGUCUGAGAUCUCUCAGUAUAGUUCGGGAGGGACAUUUCAAGACCUUGGUAAUCAGCUUAGUCUUUGUGGUAUAAUGUGCUCAAUUAUUAUUGACUGCAUCCCUUUUGGAGAGUCAGCCAAAGACAGUUUCGAGGAUACGCCAGUCGGUUUGGAGAAAACGCCAGAGGGAUAUUAUAAAAAGCUGCCAUCGCGACAGACUGUGAAUACCACGAGCUUUCCCAACACUGAUAUAGAAGAGUUUCUGUCGUACACUAUACCGACAUUUCUAAAUCCGGUAGGCAUGGCAUUCACGGCCGCCAAUACACUGAUCAGUACCUUUGUGGCCAAAGAUAUAUACCAAGUGAACACGUCGGUUCUUAUUGCAUUCGCAGCUAUUGGAAUGUACUCUUCAAUCUUCAUCGACAUUGCUUCUUCCGCAGUGAAUAACUAUAUUUUUGGUGGAAAGUACACGUACAUGCACUACGCACCUCUAUCGCACCGAAAUGUACGAUGGACCGGUUGGUUUUACUUUGAUACGUAUAUCUCGUUUAUCCGACGACAGCACUCCCUUUUGGCGUCCUAUAUUGAGAAUGCCGAGAGUGGCUACGUUUUAAGUGAUGAUGCUGGUCUCUUUGAUGGUAAAACUGCAACGGUAGUGGGAUCAAAUCCACUUCAUACUGUGAAAUCUGCAUAUAUCAGCGAUGCAGUAUUGGAAAAAGUUGGAAUCCAGCUAUCAGCUACCAAGUACUUGUUGCCAACUGAGCCGAAUACCAUUGUCACCAAAGUUAAUACGAGGGAAUUCUUAACGACUGAGUAUCCGCACGCUGUGACUACCAUUGUGCUCGACUUAUGGGAGCUUACCCGGGCAGUUUUCGACAUGUUGCUUGGCUGGCUCAUUCCAAUUUUUGAGCCGGAAAAAAAAUACGAAGGUCACGCAGUCAAAAAUGACGGCAAGGGUAUUCCUUAUGAUUACGGAUUCAGAAAAGCCUGGCAACCAGGAUGGUUUUUCUGUUGUCCCAAGUUCAUCUUCAAGUGCGAAAGAUGUGACCUGCUUGACAUCAAGUCAUUUACAGUCAUGCACCACGACAAGCCGAAACCUCCAGCAGAAAGGCCGGAACCUCAAACAUUCACGCGCGACAACAAGCCGCAACCUCCAGCACCUGCCAAUGAUACUAAUAAUACCAGACGCGCUAAGAGGAGGAUUGUUCGCAGGUCUGCUGUGCCCCCAGUUCCUGGGCCGUCUUCGCAGGAUGAGCCCAGUAUAGCGCAGGCUCCUUCGACGUCUUCGUCUAAUCAAGCAGUGCAAGAUGAUGAUAUAAUAGCGAUGGGGUUUGAUUCGGAUAUAAUCUAGUUGGUCGAGAGGUUUUCGGAAUACGAAGUGUAUCAAAUAUAAUCGGUGAU